UGUGCGUCCACUUUUAACGCUCGCUUCAAAUACGCGCUAAGCGAGUUCUUCGCGGCAUCGGGACGACGGAUUCGUGUGUGCGCGAAGUGUGGUGAUUAAAACAUUUAGAAAGAUGCAGCAAAUUAAGAUGUCUUCUGUUUUCUUGGCAUGCCUCCUGUUAAUCUUCUUGGCAGGAGUUGAAGCAAAAGAAAAACAAAUUAAAUUAGAAGACAUCGAACGCGAUAAUUUAGCUGCCGAACGUCAUGCGAAAUCUGCCAAGCAGCAAUCAAGUAUUCAAGGUCAUCAAGGACAUUUGCAUUUGAAUCAACAGCAAAUAAGUUAUCAACAGGGACAUAAUGUUCCGCAAGGAAAUUAUUAUCUACCCAAUUUGGUUAAAACCCAUAGUUAUCAAAAUCAUCCGAUUCAACAUCAACGUUAUCAACAUUAUCAACAAGCUCAACAAAUACCUGUUCAAAAGACACCUACGUCACCAAGAAUGCAAUAUGGAUUCGUACCAUUAAAAUCACAAACAUACCAACAGUAUAAUCAACAUCAACAUCAACCAGUUGAACAACAAAGUCCACAAGUUCAAUAUCAAUAUGUUACUCCAAGUCACACUCAUACACAAGCGUACCUUCCACCUAUAACUCCUGGUAGACAUUCUUCAGGUAAUACUCAAGAAAGUUUGUCACCACCAAGAGUACAAUAUGCUGUACAUCAACCAGAGGAAACUCCCCCACCAUCGCCUUCUCAUCAAAGAUAUGCGGUACCAAUCCAGACUCAAGCAUACCAGCAGUAUAUUCAAGGUCAAACGGGUCAUACUGGUCAUACAGGACAAACACAAAUUCAGUAUGUGCCUGAAAGUCAAGUUCAAUACUAUCAACAACAACCACAACCACAACCUCACCAACAUCCCCAAAUACAAUACGUUGUUGAUAAUUCAAUUCAACAACCAGAUCCUCAACAUACCCCCCAAGAAGAACAAAAAUACUACCAGCAACUUGUCUAUCUGCAACCUUAUCAGACACCAUCAGCCUCUAGCAAUAUUCAUAGUGUUUCCGAUACAAAAGGUAAUGUGCAAUAUGUAAUGUACAUACCUUCAGGUGCUGCUCCUGCUGCCACCUAUGCUACUGAUACUGUCCUUGCAUAUCCUACUAACCAAGAAACACAAUAUGUCUACCAGCCUGUUUUGGAUGAAUCUCAUGUUCCGAAUAUUCCUAAUGAAUCUACAGUAACUACAAAAUCACAAGGUGUAGUACCACACACACAAUCACCAUCUAAUUCAGGUGCUGCUGGCUUAUUGCAAUAUGACACUAUCAAAGGUCCAAAAAGAUUUGAACGCCCUGUAUUCAAACAUCAACCAACUUCUCUGCUAGAUUCAUAUGUGCCUUCUUAUUUGCAAUAUCAAUAUUAUAAACAACAGCAAGCCGAAACUGUAAACGCCAUCAAGCAAUCCCUGAAAUUAUCAACAAGCGAUGUUGGUAAAACUGACGUUGUUAAAACUUACAAAGGUGAAACAAGUAAUUAUUAAAAGUAUUAAAUUGACCUUUCAAUUUAUUUGAAUUAGUGUGAGUAUUAUUAAAGUCCAAAAAAUAAGUGGAAGAUGAUGCAGAUGUUGAUCUUGAUGUUGAAAGUAUGUACAUAUGCAAUAAUUUUAUGUUAAUCAACUGCCAAUUGUAUUUUAUAGACAUUAGGUAAACGUAUUCAUAGUUGAUAAGUUGAUUGUUAAGUAUUUGAGUGGAAAUCUCGAAAAAGUUUCAAACUUCAAGAAUUUUUCAAAACAUUAUGAAUGUUGUAAACAUUUUGGCCAGUUUUUUUACCAUUAGUGAUGUAUGUUGUCAUGAGUAUGACAUUUAAUUAUCUUUUUACAUCAUUAACUUACAUAUUGUGUUAUUUUUUAUAAGUAUUACGAAGUGAUUUGUUAAAUAAACGUGUUUUUUGUAAUAAAACUUAUUUGAAACAAUA